CUUCCUGAAAAACAGGAACCGGAAUCAGCGGAGGAUUGUGGGAAAUAGCAGCACCAUCAUCUGGAAUACAUUUUCUUCCUCUGGCGCAAACAAAUAUAGCUGACAAAAACACAAAGAAACCUCGACUUUCAUACCUCUCAAAAUGUCAAAACUGGCGUUGUUCAAUGUGUAUAUUACUGAACGGCUAACAGCGGCGGCUGUAGAGAUAGCUGGAGUAGUAGAGAGAACAGUAACUGAGUACCAGGAGGAAAUCUCUCGUUCAAAGGAGGAGAACGAACGUCUUCGACGUCUGCUGGAUUUCAAACCGCACAGAACAGACCCCCAGCAGCUUACUCUCCCAGUCUCUGAAGAAGAGGUUCCCCCUGAGCGGCAGUGCUGUGAGCAGAAGUGGAGCCCCAGUCUGGAGAAGGACCCAGAGCCCACACAGAUUAAAGAUGAACAAGAGGAAAUCAGGACCAAUCAGGAGGAAGAGCAGCUUGAAGGGCUGGAGUCUGAUACCAAAGACUCCAUAUUCACCGUCUGUGAGGAAAGUGACUGUGAUCCGAUGGAUUUCUCGAGCCAAAUUUCCGAGAGCAGAGAGGGGGAUGUGUUAUGUGUCCGCAUUCCUCAAGAGAUCAAAACCGAGCCUGAUGGAGAGCUCUACACGGUAUCAGAAGCAACCAGUGCCUCACACUCCCUCUCAGAAGGAUAUCCAGGCUGUUCGGCAGCUCACAGUGAAAACAGUGGAAGUGGCAAUGAGGUGGAGAGUGACGGACUACCGUCAGGAUCAAAGGCACUGAAAUCACCCAGAAAACAAGCAAAGAAAAGACUAAGCUCCCAUACCUCUGCUGGAAGCGGGGUGACCACAAAUGCUGCUCCUCCUUAUUGUUGCAAGCUGUGUGGAAGUACAUUUGUGUACAUUGGUCCUUUAGUUAAUCAUGUGAAAAAUGUGCACACAAAGCUUACUGCAGAAUACCGUUGUGGUGUGUGUGAAGAAGUCUUUGAGUCCAUAGCAAGUCUGACAGAGCACCUGCAAACCCACAUUAAAGCAACACGCACUUGUAAUGUUUGUGGCAAAUGCUUCCCUAGUGAUUCUAGUAUGAGAACACACAUGGUAACGCACACAGGAGAGAAACAGUAUCAAUGCAAAGAAUGUGGAAAAUGUUUCAAAAAUAAGGGCUAUAUGCACUUGCAUAUGAGGCGUCACACAGGGGAGACACCAUUUUGGUGCAAAGAUUGUGGCGAAAGUUUCACUUGUAAGGGAUACUUGAAAACGCAUAUGAAGUUCCACACAAGUGAGGACCCAGAGCCCACACUGAUUAAAGAUAAACCACAGGAACUUGGGACCAGACGGGAGGAAGAGCAGCUUGAAGGGCUGGAGUCUGAUACCAAAGACUCCAUAUUCACCGUCUGUGAGGAAAGUGACUGUGAUCCGAUGGAUUUCUCGAGCCAAAUUUCCGAGAGCAGAGAGGGGGAUGUGUUAUGUGUCCGCAUUCCUCAAGAGAUCAAAACCGAGCCUGAUGGAGAGCUCUACACGGUAUCAGAAGCAACCAGUGCCUCACGCGCCCUCUCAGAAGGAUAUCCAGGCUGUUCGGCAGCUCACAGUGAAAACAGUGGAAGUGGCAAUGAGGUGGAGAGCGAGGGACUACCGUCAGGAUCAAAGGCACUGAAAUCACCCAGAAAAUGGGCAAGCACCCAUAACCGUGCUAGAGGCAAGGUGACCACAAAUGCUUCUCCUUAUUGUUGCAAGUUGUGUGGAAGUACAUUUGUGUACAUUGGUCCUUUAGUUAAUCAUGUGAAAAAUGUGCACACAAAACAUACGAAAAUGUGUGGUGUGUGUGAGGAGGUAUUCGAGUCCAUAGCAAGUCUGACAGAGCACCUCCAAUCCCACAUUAAAGCAACACGCACUUGUAAUGUUUGUGGCAAAUGCUUCCCCAGUGAUGCUAAUCUGAGAACACACAUGGUGUCUCACACAGGAGAGAAACUAUAUCAAUGUAAGGAAUGUGGGAAAAGUUUCAAAACUAAGGCAUAUAUGAAAUUGCAUAUGAGACUUCACACGGGGGAGAAACCAUUUCAGUGCAAAGAAUGUGGAGAAAGUUUCACUUGUAAUGGAUACUUGAGAGCACAUAUGAAGUUCCACACAGGAGAGAAAUCAUAUCGGUGUAAGGACUGUGGGCAAGACUUCGACCAGAAGGAACAACUGGAAACGCACAUGUGGACUCACCAAGGUCAGAAACCACAUGGUUGCAAACAGUGUCCGAAAAGCUUCAAGCGCAAGGAAGAACUGACCAGACACACAGCGGUUCACACGGGAGAGAGACCUUUCAAGUGCACUGUGUGUGGACAUUGCUUUGCCACCCCAGGCAACCUGACACAACACCUGACCACUCACUCCGGAGAGAAACCGUAUCACUGCAAACUGUGCAACAGAUGUUUUAGAAACAAUCCACUACUUAAAAGUCACCUGAGGAACCGUCACAAAUGUUAUGACCGUGCCAUAUUGGCAGAAGAUGACUUAAGUUCCUCCGUGUGAUGUGGGAGUGCCCUGUAGUUAAAUGCUUCUAGGACAAAGUUACAACAUUGAUGUUGGCUCUUACAUGAAUGUCACCUCACUGUCUCCCAUUUUAACCAGUAGAUACAGAUACUAUUAGGAGUUUUAACAUCAGAAUUAUCGACAGUGAGAAUGAAUGGUGCUGGUCAAGGAACAACUGAGACCUGGGCAAAUAUACAUGACUCUGUAAAGAAUAAUCUCAGCUAAAGCCCAACACAUAGAUACAUACAUACAUACAUACAUACAUACAUACAUACAUACAUACAUACAUACAGUGCCUUGCGAAAGUAUUAGCCCCCC